AAAACUCAUGCCCUUCUCUGUCUUCCAUCUUUUUUCUUUGCCUUCUAACCCUAAACCAUAACAGCCAUAACUUCCGGCGCCACCACCUCCAGCCCUUAAUCUCUCCAUGCAUGACAGCCACCGCAUCACAAUCUUCAAUCGCUUUGUUUUCCUUUUUCUCACUCCUCUCUGUCGCCUCUUUCCCCAACGCCCAAUCUAACCCUAACCCAUACUCCCUGUCCUUUUCCGUGUUCUCCUACUUCUCAGUUUUUCAACAGAAAAAGUUAUCCUAACCCUAGACAACAAUUCCUUUGUUGUCUUCUUCUCAACGAAAAAAUCUAUGGAAUUAACAAGAUGGCAGCAAUACAUUCCCAUUUUCGAAGAAAUUAGGAAAUAGAAAAUAUCAAACACAGCAUCUCUACUAUCCAGUCCACUAAUUUGACAUGCACGUCUAUUUUUGACUUACCAGCUCUGAUGCAAGUUGAUCAGAAGGAAACUAGUAUUAUUCCAAGGGAUGAUGUGCAAAAUGGCGAAUUUUUACAGUCGCAAUCCAUAAUCUACGCUUCUAAGAAGCUUCAAGAUGAUCUACACGUGUUGGGACUCAAAAUCAAGCAGCAUGAGAAUAAUGUAAAGUUUCUGAAAAAUGAGAAAAAUAAAUUAGAAGAUUCCAUUCUGGACUUGCAAGUUAUUCUUGGUAAGUAUCAUUCUGCAACCCAGCCUAACAUUGAAAAUGAUCGCCGCUCGUCCAAUCAGAGUGAGGAGGAAACGACAGAACAGAUUCUACAGCAUGAAAAGUCUGCUGCAGGCAUUCUGUGUCAGCUGAGAUUGCACUAUGGCACUUGUGCUUCUCAUCUUACAUUGACCAAGGAUGUGCUUGGCAUUGUUGCUACGCUUGGCAAAGUCAAUGAUGAUAACCUUAGCAGGCUUCUUUCAGAGUACUUAGGAGUAGAGACUAUGUUGGCAAUUGUCUGUAAGACUUAUGAAGGUGUUACAGCUCUUGAAACAUAUGACAAAGAAGGCCACAUAAAUAAUGACUCUGGUCUUCAUGGCCUUGGUGCUUCUAUUGGGAGGGCUCUGAGUGGUCGAUUUCUUGUCAUUUGUCUUGAAAAUUUAAGACCUUUUUGCGGCGAAUUUAUGGCUGAUGACCCACAAAGGAGGCUUGAUCUUCUAAAUCCAAAAUUGCCCAAUGGGGAGUGCCCACCUGGAUUUAUUGGCUUUGCUGUAAAUAUGAUCCAUGUGGAUUCUACAAGCUUGUUUUAUGUCACAUCCAGUGGAUAUGGCCUCCGGGAGACUCUAUUCUAUAACCUGUUCUCUCGUCUGCAAGUUUAUAAAAGUAGGGAAGACAUGUUGCUUGCUCUUCCUUGUAUAACUGAUGGAGCCAUUUCAUUGGAUGGAGGGAUGAUUAAGGCUACUGGUUUAUUUUCCCUAGGCAAUCGGAAUGAUGUGGAUGUAAGAUUCCCAAAACCUUCUCUGGCUGCGAAUUUACCUGACAACUACAGUGAAACUGAGAAGCAGCUCUCGGGGAUGAAAUGGAAAAAGGACAAAUUGAUGGAGGAUGUUAAGCGAGAACAAUCACUGCUGAAUGCUGCAAAGUACAGCUUUGAGAGGAAGAAGGAAGAGUUUGUUAAGUUUCUGGCUGAAAGCUCAGCAUACGCAACUCAGAUGCAAGCAGGACAUGACAAUUUCAACCCCAGAUGAUAUUUAGACGGAAGAAAUCCUGUUUUUUAAGAGGAUAGGAACUCAAAUGACUGACAUUGUCAAUUUAUAGUGAAGUAUUUCUCUUAACCGUUCUACUUUCUGGGUCUGGAUGAAGAAUUGUCUUGCUACAAGACGGUAGCGUGCAUUUUUCAGUUUCUGAUGUAAAUUGAUUCUGCAAAUUCAGUGUCCUGAAGCACAGCUGGUUUAUAGGCCUCCCUCAGUUGUUGAUAUGCUUGAGGGAAGGCUCUAAUCCCCAAUUGUCCAACGAAGAUGGAUUUUCCUUAAAGUUCUGUUCGUAUCAAUUGUAGUCUCCCUUUCUUUUGUUUGUUUUAGGACACUGAAUUUAAGUUCUGUUGGUGCUCUGUCAACCAGAUUGUAUAUACAUGUCAUAAUCCGAGGCUGUUAAUUUUGUAACAUUCUUGCUGAAACAGUUUUAUGAUCAACAGGUAUGUUUUUAACCA